AUGAAUAACACAAAACACAUAGCACAAUUACGUAUAGGCACACUUAAUGUUCACUUUUUUACUGAUUCACAAGGACAACCAAAUGUUCAUCGUAUUGCUCAACUUAUAAAACCAAUGUCGUUCGAUCUGCUUGCCAUGCAAGAAGUACUUCGUACUGACCAUCCGUCAGCUGAUACGUCUGAAAAUUGUGAAAAUUUUCAAUUACUCUCCGAUUUACUUGAGCUACCGUACACUGAAUUUUGUCAUACUUCACAAGGCUUUGGUAAUGGUGUUCUUUCACGAAUUCCAUUGAAAAACAGCGCGAAAUAUCGCACAGAAAAAGUUGGAGAUCACAAUGCACGUGGAAUGCUGGCAGUACAACUCGAUCAUGAAUUUUUCCGCGAUAACAAUGCUACAUUGUAUGUCACGCAUUUAGAUCAACUUAGUGAACAAAUACGUUUAGAUCAGAUGAAUCAAUUUGAAAAAAGUGUGCAUGUCGAAGGUCUUCAAAUGAUUUUAGGUGAUUUUAACUCAUUGACAUUUGAAGAUUAUACCGAUGAUUAUUUUAACGCUAAUAUUCACGAUGUACGUCAACAAAAUGCAUGGGAAGCGCCAUUCAAUUUAUUAACAAACAGCAUGAAAACGAACGGAUAUCAUGAUUGCUGGCGAGAAAUGAAUAAAGAAGCUCUUAAUGAUCAAGCAAUCACAUGUAUAUACAAGACACGAAUUGAUUAUAUUUGGAGAAGAGGUGAGCUAAAUAAUGGAUGGAUAAUGAAUGAAUGUAAAAUUUUUCCAAGUGAAGAUGCAACUGAUCACAAUGGGGUUUUAGUUACUUUUACAAAAUAA